AUGGUCCACAGUAGCACUGCUGAAGAGAUUUCCCCGAUCGACAGUCGCCUCGCGGUUCACGAGGAGGCCAUCGCCGAGAUCGAGGCGAUCGCUACCAACACAGGCAACACGGUUGAGCAGCACGAGCACCUGAUCAAUGUCAUCGAGAACAAAGUCGAUCGAUUUGGACUCGAGCUGAAGCGCACCAACUUAGACGUCGAUGCGCUUGGGGAAUCAGUAGAUAACAUGCCUGUCUACGACGAGAACAAUCGUAAGCGAACUUUCCUUGCCCUGUCUCGAGACAAGAUGGCCUCCACGAUCGAGAACCUCACCGCGAAGGUUGAUGCGCUCACCACGAAGGUUGAUGUACUCGACGCGAAGGUUGAUACACUCGACACGAAGGUUGAUGCACUCGCCGCGAAGGAUGCCAGCCGGGAGCAGCAGCUCGCAGCUUGGACCACUGCCUUCGAUGAGCGCCUCGCCCGGCUCGAGUUCCAGCACAAGUUCGCUGAGACGAGCCAGAUGCUGGGCAGGAUGGACUUCUAA